GAGAGAGAGAGAGAGAGAGAGAGACAGGGAGCCCAGAGAAUUUUCCAUUUGCCGUUUCCAUCCCCAGCCCAACAAACAAUCAUCAUGAGCAACGACUACGAUUAUUUGUUCAAGCUUUUGCUAAUCGGGGACUCCUCCGUCGGAAAAUCCUGUUUGCUCCUCAGAUUCGCGGACGAUUCCUAUGUUGACAGCUACAUAAGUACCAUCGGAGUUGAUUUUAAAAUCAGAACUGUGGAACUGGAUGGGAAGACAAUCAAGCUGCAGAUUUGGGACACUGCUGGACAGGAGCGGUUCAGGACUAUAACAAGCAGUUACUACCGAGGAGCACAUGGAAUAAUUAUUGUCUAUGAUGUUACCGAGAUGGAAAGUUUCAAUAAUGUCAAGCAGUGGUUGAAUGAAAUCGAUAGAUAUGCAAAUGACAGUGUGUGCAAGCUUCUAGUUGGGAAUAAGUGUGAUUUGGUUGAGAACAAGGUCGUGGACACACAAACAGCAAAGGCAUUUGCAGAUGAGCUUGGGAUCCCUUUCCUUGAGACAAGUGCUAAAGACUCUAUCAAUGUGGAACAAGCUUUCUUGACCAUGGCUGGCGAGAUCAAGAAGAAAAUGGGCAACCAACCAACUGCAAACAAGUCAACAGGAACUGUUCAAAUGAAGGGGCAGCCAAUCCAGCAGAACAGCAACUGUUGUGGAUAAGCAUGGCCAUCGUAGAUUUUAGUUUCUGUUAUAAAUAUGUAAGACAUUGAAACUUUGUUGACUGUACUCUUAUGGAUCUAUCAGAAUCUGUGAAAUAUGGCUGCUUAAUUCAA